AGAUUAUUGAAAACACAGUCCAAGCAUUAGUUGCGCUGGUAAACAAAUCACUAACACGCAAAUUUACUGGUGUCGUAUAAAACAAGUUUGCUUACUCAGACUUCGGGCUUUUCGAAAAAUUGUUAUAAUUUCGUCAAAGUAUUUAUUUGUAUAUUUAUCGCAAGAUGCUAAUGCUGGACGCAAAUCGUUCUCUUAUCCUCGUCACCACUACAUGGCUGUGUCUUCUCAAUAAGUUGAGUACAUCGAGAACGGUUCAAAUAAACGACACCAUUCAGAUACAUAUUACUCCAACAGAAAUUUCUAACUUCGAAAUAAAAUUUGAUUGUCUUCUGGCUGGAGAAAAAGGAUCACUACUUUUCUUUCAAACACAAGAUGACCUGUUGGUUGUAUCAUUGAUUAUUCGAAACGGACAAAUACAGUUAAUCCCUUUUUGGAAAUGCGAUUACGAAAAACAGAAAUUGUGGCCUAUGCUGAAUAUCAACGUUUCAGAGUUCAAAACCAAUUAUCUUUCAGUUUAUCUUAAGUUCACAGCCUUUGAAAAGACUUUAAUGGUAAACAAUGCCAGUGUUUCGAAACCAUGGUCGUUCAUGAAAUAUGGAAAUCCCAAAACUGAACAAAUUAAGUUUGGUCAAUUCGUGGGAACCCCUGAUAUGCAAAUUUUUGAGAAAACUUUUUAUCACCUUACCGGUCUUUCACAUGGAGUUCCAAGUUGUUUAAGAAAUCUUAUGAUAAAUAAGAAGGGAUACAAAUUAAGCACUUGUAUGACGGACAAAGAAGUCCCUUCAUCUUCAUGGUCUGUUUAUGUUAUAAUUUGCCUAAUACUUACUGUUUUAUGUGUGCUUGGUUGCGUCCUUAAGAAGAUUCUGAAUAAAAAAGAGACUCAAAGGCAAUCAUAUCAUAUCAUUCAUAUAGGCUAAGAAAAAACGGCUCACAUAAAUAAAACUAGAAUGUGGGAACGGGUUUUAUUUUUCUAUGAUUUAAUAAUCCUGUCCAAUGAUUUUUAGUUUCCUUAUACAUAUAGGAACAAAUACUUUCUCACAACUGUCUGCUUUUGUUUGUUUGUUUUUGAAUAUCGCGCAAAGCUACACGAGGGCUAUCUGCGCUAGCCGUCCCUAAUUUAGCAGUGUAAGACUAGAGGGAAGGCAGCUAGUCAUCGCCACCCACCGCCAA